CUCUGCCCAGGGGCGUGAAGAGGAAGCGGCUCCUCAAGUCGUACAGCUUCGAUGUGGACAAUGGCACGUCCUCGGGAAGGAGUCCCCUGGAUCCCAUGACAAGCCCCGGCUCGGGCCUCAUCCUCCAGGCCAACUUCGUGCACAGCCAGCGGAGGGAGUCCUUCCUGUACCGCUCCGACAGCGACUAUGAGCUGUCCCCCAAGUCCAUGUCCAGGAACUCCUCCAUAGCCAGCGACAUCCAUGGAGAUGACCUGAUUGUAACACCAUUUGCACAGGUGCUGGCUAGUUUGAGAACUGUGAGGAAUAACUUUGCAGCAUUAACCAACUUGCAGCAAGACAGAGCCUCAAACAAACGGUCACCCAUGUGUAACCAGCCCCCAAUCGCAAAGACCUCUUUCACAGAGGAGGCCUUCCAGAAGCUGGCCACCGAGACGCUGGAGGAGCUGGACUGGUGCCUGGACCAGCUGGAGACCCUGCAGACCCGCCACUCCGUCAGCGAGAUGGCCUCCAACAAGUUCAAAAGAAUGCUGAACAGGGAGCUCACCCACCUCUCGGAGAUGAGUCGCUCCGGAAACCAGGUCUCAGAGUUCAUAUCGAGCACGUUCUUAGAUAAGCAGCACGAUGUGGAGAUGCCCUGCCCGCAGUCUCAGAAGGAGAAGGACAGAAAAAAGAAGCCCAUGUCCCAGAUCAGCGGGGUGAAGAAGCUCAUGCACAGCUCCAGCCUGACCAACUCCAACAUCCCGCGCUUCGGAGUCAAGACCGAGACCGAGGACUCGCUCGCCAAGGAGCUGGAGGACAUUAAUAAAUGGGGCCUUAAUGUUUUCAAAGUCACAGAGUUUUCGGGGAACAGGCCAUUAACAGUGAUGAUGUACACCAUCUUCCAGGAAAGAGACUUGCUAAAAACGUUCAAAAUCCCCUUAGACACGUUUAUAACCUACCUGAUGACCUUAGAAGACCAUUACCAUGGUGAUGUUGCGUACCACAACAACAUCCACGCUGCUGACGUCGCUCAGUCUACACACGUGCUGCUGUCAACCCCUGCGUUAGAGGCUGUGUUCACAGACCUGGAGGUCCUUGCUGCCAUUUUUGCCAGUGCGAUUCACGACGUGGACCAUCCUGGUGUCUCGAACCAGUUCCUCAUAAACACCAACUCGGAGUUGGCCCUCAUGUACAAUGACUCGUCGGUGCUGGAGAAUCACCACUUGGCCGUGGGCUUCAAGCUACUGCAGGAGGAGAACUGUGACAUUUUCCAAAACCUCACCAAAAAACAGAGACAAUCCCUGCGCAAGAUGACCAUCGACAUCGUCCUCGCCACUGACAUGUCCAAGCACAUGAACCUGCUGGCGGACCUCAAGACCAUGGUGGAGACCAAGAAGGUGACCAGCUCUGGAGUCCUGCUCCUGGAUAACUACUCUGACAGGAUACAGGUUCUGCAGAACAUGGUGCACUGCGCGGACCUGAGCAACCCCACCAAGCCCCUGCAGCUGUACCGGCAGUGGACCGACCGCAUCAUGGAGGAGUUCUUCAGCCAGGGCGACCGCGAACGCGACCGGGGCAUGGAGAUCAGCCCCAUGUGUGACAAACACAAUGCCUCGGUGGAGAAGAGCCAGGUGGGCUUCAUAGACUACAUCGUGCACCCCCUGUGGGAGACGUGGGCCGACCUGGUGCACCCGGACGCACAGGAAAUCCUGGACACGCUGGAGGAGAACCGGGACUGGUACCAGAGCACCAUCCCCCAGAGUCCGUCGCCCGUCCCGGACGAGCCCACGGAGGGCCGCCCCGGGGCCCCGGACAAGUUCCAGUUCGAGCUGACGCUGGAGGAGGACGGAGAGUCCGACAUGGAGAAGGACAGCGGCAGCCAGGCCGAGGAGGAGGAGGAGGAGGAGGAGGAAGAGGAGGACAACAGCUGCAGCGACUCCAAAACGCUCUGCACUCAGGACUCUGAGUCCACUGAGAUACCCCUGGACGAGCAGGCAGAGGAAGAGGAGGAGGAGGAGGAGGAGGAGCAGGAGGAAGAGAACCUGGUGGGGGUGGGGGUCUCCAAUGAGCCUUGUGCGGUGGUUGAGGAAGAGGAGGAGGAGGAGGAGGAGGAGGAGCUGGACGAAUAGCAGCCUCUCGAAGAGCGAAACUGUCGUAUUACGUAACAGACGAAUGACUAGUAAUAAUAAUAAUAAUAAUGAUAAUAAUAAUAAUAAUGUAGGUUUGUUUUGUGAAAGUUCCAAAGCGCACGUUGCACUCUGCAGCCCUCACCCUCUCCUCGAGCUCCUCUGAGCAGGGUAGCCAGCCGCUCGCUGGCACUUCUACUGUUUUGCACUCAGGAAUAUUUAGUCUUUUUUUUUUUUUUGUUGGUAGGUGUUUGUUUUGUUUUGGGACCGAGGUUUGUUCCCACUGAGUCUGACCUUUCAAGGUCACCCAGACAACCUUGCUCCUCCCUCCUAACUGCACGCUUGCCCCCCCCCCCCCCCCGGCUCCUUUGCAAACGGACAGGAAGUGGUCUGAAUCUGGAUUAUCACUCCUCAGAUGGAGCAAGCGGUGAAAAUCAAUGAUUGUUUUUUGUUUUGUUUUGUUUUGUUUUUGUUUUUUUUCAAAUUCAGUUACAAUACUAUUGGUGGAAAGUGCUGAGCUGCAUUCUGAUUGCCCAAUGGAUGCCCCUGGCGCGGGAGGGGGGGGGGGGGAAUCGCCGUGGCGACCGGUGAUCACGCGGAACAUCCGGAGCGAGGUUCUGUGUGGAUUUAUCGAGACACUUUUCUAAUUUCAAGUCUUCCUUGAAACCUGACUGAAAAAAAAAGAAACAUACAGCUCUGACGCUGUUUUGACCUCUUGAGUUUUUGUAUUGUAUGUAAACAUGGAGAAUCUUUUGUAGAUUUUACUUUUGUUAUCGGGGAAAAAAAGAAAUCGUAUGGAUACAUAUACUGUAUAUUUAAAAGAAUCUUUCAAAAUGUCAUCUGCCAUGUGCUAUUUGUAUUUUUAUUUUUGUUUUUAUUUUGUAUUGAGUGACUUGCAGGUUUGCUGUGUGACACCACAGCGCCCUGGAAACUGUUUCACUGUGUGUAUUUCUGAACUCUCUGCGGGACUGCUCGUGACUUUGACACAAUCGUUUUCAUUAUUGUUUGUAUGGGUUUUAAAUAAGCAGGAUAUGGUCACUGCAGAGGGCUCGUGAGUGAGAGUGUGUGUGUGUGUAAUUAAGUGCACACGCCACCACGAUCGACCACAAUCAACUAGCCUUUGACUUUGAUGAGUCACUGAUGCCUACACAACCUUUAUUAACUUCUGUGAUAUUGUGAAUCUUACAAUGGACGAAGCAACACUUUGGUUUGCCCUGCCUAAAUGCGAUCAGCUUAGCUGUGUACCACACGUAAACCGCACAGUGUUAACGAUUCUCACACGCCCAAUACCGAGACACGCGCUAGAUUCGGUUAACGACAGCCACUCCCAUUUUUGAGUUUUGAAGUUUUGAAGACGGAGCAGUGCUUCAGCUGUGGCGGUCAUGGAGACGUAAGCCCCGCCCCCGGCCAUGACAGGAGAUCACAUGACAAUCAGUCACAGAGGUUCCACUCAGACGCAGGGCUGGGGGAGGGGCUUCCCGUGAUCGAUGCGCCAAUGUUCACAGAUUGACAACUCUUUGCUUUCUUUGCCAAAUCUGCCCCCCGGAUAUGCUGGGCUUGCACACUGCUGUACACUCUACCAUAAUAUUAAGCAAAGUGGCUUCUGUUCUCUUUUCCUUCAAAUAUUUGAUUAAUUCUGUUGGGUUUUUAUUUUAUUUUUUUGGGAGUCACUUUUGCCAUAAUUAGUGGUACUGUAGAUCAUUUACUGCAGCUUAUAUAACAUUAUAGAGUAGCAAGUUGCUAUAACGUUACCCUAACGUUACCAAAACACCUUUUUCCCCCUGGUCACAGUGAGAGUUUGUACAUAGAACAAAGAUCGAUAUCUUUUUUUGAAGAAGAUAUUAAUGAAAAAAAUCAAACAAAAAACUUGAAUCCGGCUUUUAAAGAGUGCUUGCUGAUAAAAAGAGGAUGUUUUUAAACAUGUUAUUUAAUUAUUUUAUUUCUGUGCCAUGCGUUUUUCUUUCCUCACCAGACGACCUUACCUGCAAUGGAGUUUUCUUGUUUGUCUCUGUUUACAACCAUGUAUUUAUUGUGCUGUACAUAUUAUGGAAUGUUUAUUGUAAAUGACCGAUUCUUACUCUAUAUCAUCCCUUAUGGAGAUGGUGUUGUUGUACUUGGAUAACUCUUGUUGAGAGAAUGUUUAUUAUACAUACUUAUUCAAUGUAAAGUUGAGCUUCUGUAACAUGUCACCUUAGAGAGCUUGCUCAUGGAGAAGCGGGGGAAAGCCAAACAAAUAUGAAUUUAAAAUAAAAAGCCGCAGGUUGUUGGCCCCAGGGCUGUGCCUUAACUUUGAACAAUGUUUUUUUUUUUUCCUUUCCUGCAUUUCCGUCAUUUCCUCUUCCUGUUUGCAGCAUUAGAAGAGAUGGGCGUUUCUAAAUUCCGCCCUCUGCCUCUUUGCCGAAGCGAAAAUAAAAAAAAGCUAGGACUUAGAUACGUUAUUUCUUAUUUAAAAAAACUGAGACUUCGAUACAUUUUUUUUCUAUUCAAAAGCUGCUGUAAGACUGGGAUAGGGUUUUUACGUUCUGCCGUUUUGCUGCAUUGUUCCCAGGCAGAUAGACCAGAGCAGGGUGGGGCCAGUGAACUGGGCAUCCAGAGACCCUGCCCCCUCGCCCCACCCGCGCCCCCAUGUGGGACCAGGUCUGGUAUGCAACACAGUGGAAUGCAAUAUAAUACACACGCACUCUCACUCUCUCACACACUCACUCACUCAUACACACUCGCUCACUUAUAUACACACGCACUCUCACUGUCUCGCACACUCAUACACACACUCGCUCAUAUACACAUGCACUCACACACUCUCACACGCACACACACACACUCAUACACACUCACACACACACACAGACACACAUUCACUCACUCGCUCAUAUACACACACACUCUCACUCUCACUCACUCACUUAUACACACGCACUCUCACUCUUUCACACACAUACACUCACUCAUAUUAUACGCACUCUCACACACAUACACACACACACAUAUUCACACUCACUUUCAGUCUCAUACACACACUGACUUAUAUUCUCACGCACUUUCACUCUCACACACACAGUCACAUUCACACACAGUCUUACUUUCAUACACACACUCUCGCACUCUUACACACAUACACUUUUAUAUUCACACACACACAGACACACUCUCUCACACGUGCACACUCACUCAAAUCUCAACGCGGAGGAGAGUACGGAACAGGAGAUCCGUGCGUUUUGAGACUGUAGACCUUUCCGUGUUUUGUUUUGCCUUGCUGCUGGGGUGCAGAUGGAGGGGAGAGAGGUGUUUGGGUGCUGUCUCUGUGGGCUUCCUACUCCAGGCCUCAGGGUAUGUGCUUGUGUUGUGAAGGGAGUGUCUUUUAAAAAUAAUUCUGUUUCAAAAAGCCUGUUUUCCUGACACGCAUACUGUAGAUUUUAGCAGCCCUGGACCAAAGCAAUCGGUGGCUUUUAUUAUAAAUAUAGAAUUUUUUUUUUUUGUUCCUUUUAAAAAAUAAAAAAAAAGUAUAAAAGGGAUUCAUGAACUGUAAAAAUAUAUCAAAACCAGAACAACCAUAAUUUUGUUUUCUAUAGGGUACAUCUUUAGAAUGCCAACCUGUUUGGGGAUUUCACAAGACUAUUAUAAUGGAUUCCUUGUCUCUUACAGUCUAUUGGAUAGAACUGUAGAUCACACUCUGAACCUUCAGUAAAAAAAAAACAAUAAAAACUGAAAAAACUUUUUUAUAUGCAACAGAUGAAAUAAAAGCAUGGUUGAUUCCA